CUAGUAACCAUAAACAUUUUCUUUUUCAGAUCGAGUCAUACCAUUGCCCUCAACCAGUGGCAUUCUGUCAAGCUCACCCGUUUCGACCAGGACGGCUCGCUUCAGGUCGGAAACGGUACUAUUUCGCGCGGCUCUGCUCCGGGUCAUCUGAACGAACUGAACCUGGAUCUACCUCUGUUCAUUGGCGGGCUAGACCCGGGUCUGUCGACCAGUCCGUCGUUCGGGGGCGCUGGACGAGGUCUGGACGGAGCCAUUCAAGCAGUGGGCGUCAAUGGGGCGCUCAUCACUGACCUCAUGGCCGAGGCAACGUUCUCCAGUAAAAUCACCAGAUAUAUCGGCGCUCCCUGUGGUGGCAGUCCGUGCAAAAACGGUGGCCGUUGUCUGCCCCGGCUGGCCAACUAUAUCUGCCAGUGCACGAAGAGCUACACCGGACGGCACUGCCACAAAAAAGUGCGUCGGACUCGGUUGGACCGAGUCACCGCCAGACGACAGAGUGACGCCGUACACUUCAACGGGAAGGCGUUCGUGCUGCUGCCCAAUAUGAUCCGUCGAGCUCGUAAGCGACAGAAGUCGAACCGGCUCAGCUUCCACCUCCGAACCACGGACCCCGAGGGAUUAAUCGCCUGGCAGGGCCGGCUUGGCUCCGUGGACGCCAACUUCUUCAGCGUCGGCCUCGCCAACGGCACCGUCCAGCUGACCUUCAACCUGGCGAGGUCACGCAGCGGGGUCGUCACGCUCGGGUCAAAGCACGCGGUCAGUGACGGCGCGUGGCACCGUGUGCGGGUGCGGCGCCGCCGCCGCUGGGCCUCGAUCCAGGUGGACCGCCACCGUCCGGAGCGGACCUCGCGGCCGGCCAGGGGCCGCUCCCGGCUUCACACAGACGGAAAACUCUAUAUCGGCGGUUCACCCUCGCUGCCAGCCGGGCUACCGUUCUUCUGUUAUCGGCCCUUCACCGGCUGUCUGCGCCGACUCUCCGUCAGCAAACACGCUGUCAACCUCGCCACUCACGUGGACAAUGUCAAACUGCACCGCUGUCCGGCAGUGUGACCGGAUUGGUCGCCAAAGUGUGACGUCAUCCGUGAGCAGAACGGGCGUGAGCGAGUGAACAGAGCGAGUAAGGAGUGUGCCAUGAAUGGUUGUCCGUGACAGCCAUAGGUCUGAUCAAGAUUGGUGACGUGGGUGGGAGUCUGAACGCUCGUGUGUGUGUUUAAAUGGCUACGUCAGUGAAAUGUGUUGUAUUGCAAGUUGUUGAACGACAGUGUACUAUAGAGUGGUUGUAAUGGCAGACUGUAUCGUGCUAGGAGUGCUGACCACCCAGUCGGUCUGUUAUGGAAUGUUUGCACUGGUUAACUGUUGAACACUGUAAGAUCGACUGACGUAACUCGCUAACUCAUUGACCAUUGUGUACUCAUGAAUGUGUUUGGAAAAGAUAUUACAUGUGUAAAUAAAUGUCAUGGAUAACAGUAAUACUGUGCGGUGUGUUGUUGUAUGUGCUUUUGGGAGAAUGGAGACAGGUGUACUUCAUUCUCAACUAAUUUGUUUCCCCUAUCAACCUGUUGUUGGUGUCAUGUUACUGCCACGUCCAUGCUAAUACAGAGAUGAAAUGUGUU